AAGUCACGACGUAUUGAGUCAUGUGAGAGUUUUAAAUGUCUUACGGCCGCAUGCUUGUACAGCUAGGUUCCGGCGGUCUCUUCGUCAAACAUUGCACAACACUCGAUUGCUGUUUGGUUGCACGCGGGUAUGCGAAAAAGAACAAAGUCCCCAUUGGUUGUCACGCUCUUACACCCAAUAAUUCCUACCGCAGAAACUUGAUAAAAGGCACACACAGGGUUGUCGCAAGAACAUAGAAGGCAAGUUGGGUGUUGGCUACAGAAGGUUCAUUUGCGAUUCUUCAUUCGCAAUGGCUGACGUGUCCAGCCUGUCUGGGAUGUCUCCCUCCACCCUGGUUCUGAUUGUCGCUGCGUUCGUUUUGUCUGCAAUUGCCAUGCUAUGGCCGUACAGAAUCUUCAAGAAGAUGGGCGUACCUGGGCCGACACCUCUGCCAUUCUUGGGAACAUUCUUCCACUACAGCCAGGGUUUCAGAGAAUUUGAUGAAAAGAGUUUCAAGAAGUAUGGGAGAAUCUGGGGGACUUACGAUGGCCGGUUGCCUCUGCUCGUGGUGGCUGACACAAGCAUGCUGAAAACAAUCCUGGUGAAGGAUUCCCUGGAGUUCUUCACCAACCGCCGAAGUUUCGGGCUGAAUGGACCCUUCAAGGAAGCUAUGAGCUUAGUUAAUGAUGAGAAGUGGAAGCGCAUCCGUAGCGUCCUGUCCCCAACUUUCAGUGGUGGCAAAAUCAAGCAGAUGUGCCCACUGAUUGUACGCUGUGCUGAUGCACUCGUGAAGAACCUCCACGAAAAAAGCCAGUCUGGGAAGUUAGUGGACCUAAAAGAGACAUUUGGGGCGUACAGCAUGGACGUGAUCGCAAGCUCGGCAUUCAGUACAGACGUGGACUCUCAGAAUAACCCCAACGAUCCAUUCGUCAUUAAUGGGAAAAGCAUUUUCAAGAUCAACUUAUUGAACCCUUUGGUUGCAAUAGUCGCGGUCUUGCCAGAGCUUGUCCCGCCGCUAGAAUUCUUGGGAUUAUCUUUUUUCCCAAAACAAGCUUGCUCGUUCUUCACGAAAAUUGUCCGGCAGAUGGUAAAGCAACGCCAGAAGGGGCUUCAUGACAUGGGGCGAGUCGACUUUCUUCAAUUGAUGGUGGAUGUUCAACUUUCUAAAUCCAUGCAAAAUGGAGCUAAUCCUCAUUCAGACAAAUAUCUGACCGACAGUGAACUGGAGGCGCAGGCGAUCUUGUUCCUUCUGGCUGGUUAUGAGACCUCAAGCACAGCCAUCACCUUCGUGGCCUAUUGCCUUGCUUGUAACCCUGACGUCCAGACUAAAGUCCAGCAAGAGAUCGAUAAAUUUCUCCCGAAUGACACUCUUCCAAGUUACGAGAUUCUGAAGCAGAUGGAGUAUCUGGACAUGGUCGUGAGCGAAACUCUGCGCAUGUACCCACCAACAUCUCGUACGGACCGCGUCUGUAAAAAGACGACGGUUGUGAAUGACCUGGUCAUCCCCAAGGGUAUGGUUGUCGCCGCACCAAUAUGGGUGCUCCACUACGACCCGCAGUACUGGGACGAACCUGAAGAGUUCCGGCCGGAACGAUUCACCAAGGAGGCCAAGGAGGCGCGUGACCCCUACUGCUACCUGCCCUUCGGCCAUGGCCCCAGGAACUGCAUCGGCAUGCGCUUUGCCCUGAUGUCUUUGAAGAUCGCUGUCUGUCGCAUCCUGCAGCGCUGCUCCUUCCACGCGUGCAGCGAGACCACGAUUCCACCAAAACUUACAAAGAAUCCAUUCAUACAACUGGAAAAACCACUUUUGGUGCAAGUUUUGGAAAGAAAGAAAGGGGGCUGAUGUACGAGCAAAAUCAAAAUCACGGCUCCAGAGAAAAAGAAGACUUGAGAGAUGUAAAAAAAAAACUAUUCGGAGAGCUACCUGUAGUGCCAAUUCGAAGUGCUAUCUUAACACAGUGCUGAAAGUUCAUUUACAAACAAAUUAUAUUAUGCUAUAUAGAUUUAUAUAGUGCUUUCGACCAAGACGAAUUUACAAUAACUACAAAAUUGUACAUUAGAUGAGAGCGGUUAAAAUAAAGUGGGGUAAUUAAAUGUAUUUGUGUAGUUAUGGCUCCAGUAAGGAGGACAGGUGGGAGUGGUGAAGGAGGGGUUGGGGUAGUGACAGGGGUAGUCGUAGUGACACGGGUCGGGGUAGUGAUAGGGGUUUGGGUAGGCCUGGUCGUAGCUGGGGGGCAGGGAGUAGCAGUAGGAUAGGCAAGGCAGAAGAGAUUGAUAGUUUUAAGGGAGGAACGGAAGCAGGUUAUAGUGAAGCUGAUUUUUUUUUAUGUGCAGUGGGAAUUUGUUUGCAGUGAAGGGGAGCAAGAAGGGAAAGGAAAGAGUGACUGGGCGCAUGGCGAGGGAGGCCCAUAGAGGGACAGUAGAGAUUGGGAGCAUGGAUAGGAUAGAGUAAUAUAUAAGAGAAGCAAGAUAAGGUGGGGCAAGAUCACAGACUAGGGUGAGACAUUUAAACAGACAGCGAUAAUAUACAGGGCGCCAGUGUAUUUUGGAAAGUCGAGCAGAAGUGUGGGAAUUGUGGGGGGAGGUUAAAAAUUAUCUGGGCUGAAGUGAAUUGUAUCGGUUGGAGUGGAGGAAGGCGGAGAAGGAGAUAGUUGCAUUAGUCAAAGUGAUAUUGAAAACGAGAAAAGGAACGAAACCGUGACUGGGCGCAGGGUUUUAAAAAUGUUUUUGCAAUAAAAUUUCUAAGAUUGUUUAAUAGUUUGCUGAUUCAUAGUUGUGUGUCUAAAUGCAGUUCAGUAGAUAUCUGCUGUUUUUAUUGAGUUAUACUCUUCAUGUGUUACACACCGAUAAUAAAGUGUGCGCAUUGACAUUC